AUGGACUCCCCCAUCACCUCUGUGGAGUCCUAUCGUUUCCUGGGCACCACCAUCACCCAGGACCUCAAGUGGGAGCCGACCAUCAGCUCCCUCAUCAAGAAGGCCCAGCAGAGGAUGUACUUCCUGCGGCAGCUCAGGAAAGCCAAGCUGCCUGCACAGAUGUUGGUGCAGUUCUACACGGCCAUCAUCGAGUCCAUCCUCACCUCCUCCAUCACCCUGUGGUUCACUGGAGCCACAGUGCUGGAGUACGUGGGCAAAGGGAAGAGCAUCAUGGACGUGGGUUUGGCUCAAGCGCGCCUCCCACUGUCCACUCGUUGUCAUUACUACGAGGUGGAAAUCGUGGACGCAGGAGAGAAAUGCUACAUCGCUCUGGGGCUGGCGCGACGAGACUACCCCAAGAACAGACAUCCGGGCUGGAGCAGGGGGUCAGUGGCAUACCACGCAGACGAUGGUAAACUUUUCCAUGGCAGCGGAGUGGGAGAUGCAUUUGGACCUCGUUGCUUUAAAGGCGACAUCAUGGGCUGCGGCAUCAUGUUCCCUCGAGACUAUAUCCUGCAAGAGCAUGCUGAAGCAGACGACCUGGAGCCUGUCACUGUCCAAAACAUUCUUUACAUGAACGAAGAAGAAGAGGAGGUGGAAGAGCUCGAGCCAGGCCAGCAGCUCACCAGGGUCACAGUCUUUUUCACCAGGAACGGGAAGCUGAUGGGGCGCAGGGAGAUGGCGCUGCCCCCAGGGGGUCUGUACCCGACCGUGGGCAUGCUGAGCUGUGGAGAGAAGGUGAAGGUGGAUCUGCACCCGCUCAGUGGGUGA